AUGCUGAGCUCUGUUUUUCUUCCAGCAUAUUACACCGGUACUACAGAUGUCAUCAACGGACUAGAAAGUCUCGCUGCGCAGAGAACUUGCAGCAAGCCUCGAAGGAGGCACUCCAUACGCAGUUAUAGAGCAGCUUCUAUAGACCCAGCUGAAGUAGAACAAGAAUGUCCACCACCAUUGCCGCCGCCACUGCCUAGGCCAAACACAAUUUUAGAUUUUAUUCAUUCACCUUUACGGCCUAUAGAGGCUAGUUCACAAAAGCAGAGGCGCAGCGUUAGUGAACACCCUGCUCGCCACCAUGGUGUCCGCCCCCCUAUCUUAGAUGCAUCCAUUUCUCAGCCACCCCAGAUCCUGGAGUCUCUUCCUAAGAGCCGGUCCUUCAGCGAAGAGCCUGGCCCUCCCGAGAAGCCUCGCUACCCAAAGGCAAGGAUUUCUGCAGACAGGCUAGAUAGGCUCUACAGGACAUACAGCAGAAGGUUCACUACGAAGAUAGCAAACCAGAAACGGGCCACCAGUGUAAACAGUUGGUCUCAGAAGAAGGCCGAGAAAGAUAGAGAAACGCUCGAUGCAAUAACCAGAAUAGAAAGCACACCGUGUAUGUUCGGUAGCCCACAGGACCUCGAUUCUCUAGCUGUGCAGAAGGCUGAGGUCGUCAGGGCCAUAAGUUCCCACAAGGGGAAGAAGCUGACAGAGUCCGCCGCUUCUCUUGCCGGGGAUAAAAGUUUACACUGCCGCAAGUCGUACCUGGGAAAGUAUUACUCGCUUCGUUACCUCGACAGGAUUGCUGAGUGUGAAGCAGACAAGGCCAUCAUUGCAAACGCAAAGAAGGUUGCUGCGGAUGUGGGGCUUGCAGACAACUCCAGCACAAAGCUAUGGGCUAAGAUAACCCUGGAUGAAGAUGAAGGAGGAUACAACAUCAGCAUACGCGCACCCCUCGAUUUCCUCUUUGAAAAGUCCCCUGUCCACGACACACUCCAGACCAUAUACGAGACAGCAUCUGAGCGGAAUAUGUACACAUAA